AUGACUCCUCCGUGCGUCUUCUUCCUUCCACGUUUGCCUCAGUACAGCGUUAUCUUUAUCAGUGCGAUGAUAUCAUUCACAUCGUUGUAUGUAAAACAUCAAUCUUUGAUAGCUGCUGGGGCAAACAGAGAGAACACCCAUUCUUCGAGUAAUGCCUUAAAAUUGUAUCUAUAUUACAUUGCUAUCGAAGGAGUGCUUAAAGCUAAACCUCGAAUAUUCCCACAAUGUAGAACUGACGCGUUUAGAAAGAAAACUAUGAAAUCUGUCGCCUUAAUUUAUAAUAAAAAAGAAGAAAACGUGGCUAGAAAAUAG